AUGUCGCUGUUCCGUUAUCAUUCCCCGCGCGACUGUUUCCUCACAUCGCCAAUGGAGCGUUUCCUUGCGAACGCACUGGACAACGCUCUCGCCGAGCGACCGCUGCACAGCGUGGCGCCAUAUUGGCUCAAUCAGCCGCUGCUCAACGAGUGCAACAUCGGCAAUAGCGUCGGCAAGGUUAUCAACGAUAGCGAGAAAUUUUUGGUGCAAGUAGACGUUGCGCAGUUCCAUCCGAAAGAUUUGUCGGUGUCGGUUCGCGAACAGGAGCUCGUCAUUGAGGGGCAUCACGAAGAGCGCGGCGACCAGCGCGGAUACGGCAGCAUCGAGCGUCAUUUCGUCCGGAAAUACGCUUUGCCGGAAGAAGUCCAGCCGGAAAGCAUUGAAUCGCAUCUGUCCGAUAAUGGAGUGCUGACGGUUUUAGCGAAAAAACGAGCAAUUGGAGCACCUCCAUCCCGUAAUAUCCCAAUUCGAGCGGCACCAAAGGCAAAAGGAGCUGAUGGUGAUCACACCGAGGAGACAGCGCAGAAGUAA